UUUAAUGUAUGCGAACAAUAAACAAACAUAAAAUCCAUUUUAAUGUUAAAAUAAACUUGUACAAAAAUAUAAAUUGAUAUUCAAACCAAUUCUUAUUCUAAUUAAUCAGUACCGUUCAUGGUAUUGUUUGUAUUCAUUGGCGUAGACUUAUUGUGGUAUAGGACAUGUCAAAACUUUAUGCGAAGGUGCCGAUGGACAAAAAUCAGUUUAUGUUUGAAGAUAAAUGGCCAUGUAUGAGACCAACUAUUUUGAAAUUAUUGAAACAAGAACCUGUUACUCAAGCAGAAUGGCAAGAUUUAUUCUUCUCAGUUCAUGCAGUAUGUAUGUGGAAUGACAAAGGUGCUCUUAAAUUAUUAGACGCACUCAAAGAAGACAUAAUGGAUUUUAUAAAACAAGCUCAACAGAGAGUUUUGGCACACCAAGAGGAGCAAGCUUUGUUGAAAGCAUAUAUAGCUGAGUGGAGAAAAUUUUUUGCACAGUGUAAUUAUUUGCCAACGCCAUUUAGACAAUUAGAAACAUCUCUUGCUGGAAAGGCACCAUCCAGUGUUCAAAAGAAAAGUCAACCUGAUGAUAUUGUUAGAAAAUUAAUGUUGGAUAGUUGGAAUCAAAGUAUAUUUGGAGAAAUAAAACAAAAACUUCAAGACUCAGCUAUGCGACUUGUUCGUGCUGAAAGAAAUGGUAAAGCAUUUGAUUCACAACUUGUUAUUGGUGUUAGAGAAUCUUAUGUAAAUUUAUGUUCAAAUACAACUGAUAAGCUUCAAAUCUAUACGGAGAAUUUUGUAACAGCAUAUAUAGAAGCAACACAAGCUUUUUAUUGGGUUAAAGCACCUGAACAAUUAUCAUUACAUGGUGUAGAAAAUUAUAUGCGUUAUGCUGAUGCAAAGUUACAAGAAGAAGAACUUCGUGCCCAAAAAUACUUAGAACCAAACAGUGCUAGUGUACAGCUUUUAACUGAUUGUUGUGUACGUGUGUUAGUAGCAACUUUUAAGCCAGCUAUAUUAGCAGAAUGUCCAAGAAUGAUUCAGCAUCGUCAAACAGAUAAACUUAGAUUAAUGCUAAAACUAAUGGAUAGAGUUCCUGACGGAGUUGGUCCAAUGUUAAGAAAUCUAGAAGAACAUAUAGCAAGUGCAGGUUUAGCUGAUAUGAUGGCAGCUGUGGAUGUUAUUACUCAAGAUUCUGAAAAAUACGUUGAAAGAUUAUUGGAUCUUUUUCGGCGGUUUUCAAUUCUUGUUAAAGAAGCAUUUGACGAUGAUCCUCGUUUUCUAACUGCUAGAGACAAAGCUUACAAACUCGUAGUAAAUGAUGCAACGGUAUUCAGAUUAGAAUUACCUGCACGUCAAUGUUCUGGUAUUGGUACAACGAUUUUAAAUAAUAAAUCUAACAACAAUAAUAACGGGCAACCAGAAUCAAAGUGUCCAGAACUUCUAGCUAACUACUGUGAUAUGUUACUUAGGAAAACACCACUCAGUAAAAAAUUAACUUCCGAUGAAAUUGAAAGCAAACUAAAAGAUGUAUUAUUAGUAUUAAAAUAUGUUCAAAAUAAGGAUGUAUUUAUGCGCUAUCAUAAAGCUCAUUUAACAAGGCGUUUGAUAUUGGAUACAUCUGCUGAUUCUGAAAAAGAGGAAAACAUGGUAGAGUGGCUUCGUGAGGUUGGAAUGCCAGCCGAUUAUGUUAAUAAAUUAGCACGAAUGUUUCAAGACAUUAAAGUAUCACAGGAUCUCAAUCAACAAUUUAAGGAACAAUGUAGAGCUGCUAUAGCAGAUAGUAUCAACAUUAAAAUAUUAAAUGCAGGUGCUUGGGCUAGAGGUAGUGAACGUGUCACUGUAAGUUUACCACUGCAACUAGAAGAUUAUAUUCCCGAAGUGGAAGAAUUUUAUAAAAAAAAGCAUAGUGGAAGAAAAUUACAGUGGUAUCAUCAUAUGUCUAACGGCACGAUAACAUUUUCUAAUCAAGUGGGACGCUUCGAUGUGGAUGUAACAACGUUUCAAAUGGCAGUUUUAUUUGCUUGGAAUCAGCGACCGUUUGAAAAAAUAUCAUAUGAAAAUUUACGACUGGCUACGGAACUUCCUGAUCCUGAACUGAGACGAACUUUGUGGUCUUUGUGUGCCUUCCCGAAACUCAAACGUCAACUUCUUCUAGUUGAACCACAUGCGCAUAGCCCCAAAGAUUUUGCAAAUGAUACAAGAUUUUGGGUGAAUCAAGAAUUUGCUAUUGUAAAAAAUGGUAAACUGCAGAAACGAGGUAAAAUUAAUUUAAUAGGAAGACUUCAAUUGUCAACAGAACGAAGUAAAGAAGAAGACAACCAAUCCAUCGUACAACUUAGAAUACUAAGAGUCCAGGAAGCAAUCAUCAAGAUUUUAAAAAUGCGUAAAAAAAUCAGUAAUGCUCAAUUACAAACUGAAUUAGUUGAUAUCUUAAAGAACAUGUUUCUGCCAAGUAAAAAGAUGAUAAAAGAACAAAUUGAGUGGCUUAUCGAACAUAAAUAUAUACGCAGACACGACGAUGACAUUAAUACCUUUGUGUAUAUGGCAUAGGUCGGGAUUAUACAUACAUGUAAUACUAUUCAGAUUCUUAUGAUUAAUAUUAUAUUUUUAUAAAAAUUCAGUUUUUGUUUAUCAAAAUGUAUGCUCAAAAAUCCCAGUGUAAUUGAAAGAUGUUAAUGUUGUUUGUAACAUGUUCACAGAAAACACAUUUUUUAAAUGAGAACGUAACGUCAUACAGAGUCAUAUCAUUUAUAAUUAUGAUUAAAUAUGAUAUCGCCCUUGAUCAUGAAAAUAUGCAUUGUUAAAUAGGUAGUUAUUAUAAAUUAUAAUAUUUUUAAAAUUCAAACCAAUAUUUUUAAAAUUCAAAUUUUUUUUCUCAAACAAAUGAUGAAGUUCACUUAAAGACAUCUGUGGAAAAAAUAUACGAGUUUAAAAGUCUUUGAUUUAUUAUAUUGAUGUUAUUUUUUACUUUCAAUGUAACUAUAAUUUCAUUAGUGUAUUUUAUAUUUUUUGUUUCAUUUAAAGACAAAAUAAAAUAUUUGAAAUGUUAUAAACUCGUCACAGAUGUAUUUAAUUCUGAAUGAUAAUGUUUAUGUAUGCAGAAUGUACAUUAUACAUUUUAAUAUAUGUCUAAACGUAAAUGCAUGCAUAAGUUUAUUUACUGCAAGUGUAUAUAUUUUCAAAAUAUGAUUGUUUUUCAUUAACUUGUUUGAACUGUAAAAAGUAAAAAGUACAUAAAUUACAAAACUUUUUUAUACAAUAUUUUUUGCGUUCUGUUUUUAUCAACUACGAUAUAAUUCUUUAAACCCAUGUAAAAUCCAUGUAUUUUCAGUUGCAAAAAUUGAAAAUGAACAAAAAUUCAUACAAAAAGAAA